AUUUUAUAAUGGCAACAUUGGCAAUAGAACGUCAACAUGUCAAGAAAGUUGAAGUGCAGAAGACAAGUGUACAUAAAAAUCGAAUAAUUCUAAUUAUUUUGUAAUGUAAAUAGCCAGAGCAAGCACUGUACUUAAUUAUGACAUAUUAAACUAAUUUAUCAUUCAACGAAUGAUGGCAGCUGCGGCACCGCAGGAAUCCGAGGCGGAUUUCGACGGUUCCGCGUCAAUAAACAAACCCUCAGAUCUUGAUCAAGACUUUGAUUUUGUAAAAUCAGAAGAACCUGGGGCUGAUGCCAAACAGACUAAUGGAAGUGCGAGUACAGCGGAAUAUACAGAACUCGAUAAAGAUAUGCAUAGAGAAGAUGGUCCAUCGCUGAACACCGAUGAUGAGGUGCGAGUGCAACAUUUUCUAGAAAGCAGUUUGCACUUGAUGAAUGCGGUGUUUUCAGGACAUUCUUCCGAUUACAGCCACCCUAACUCUGGAGGCGAACACUCGAAGCAGUCGAACGAUUCUGAGGAUAGCGAUUCUUCCAGCUCGUCCAAUGAAGAUAAAACGCAAUGCCAAAUAUGCCAGAAGAUAUUCGUCAAUGCCCAGCAGCUGAACCGACAUGUUCGAGCCAGAAGAAUGGACGAUAAGAGGUAUAAGUGCUGCAAUUGCCAGAAGGCAUUUCGUGAUAACACUCAGUUGAAAGUGCACGCUAGAAAACAUACUGGGGAGAAGCCAUUUGAGUGCAAAGUGUGCCAAAAAAAGUUCACCGUUAAUGGUAACUUGAAUAAACAUAUGAGGAUACACACAGGUGAAAGGCGAUUUGAGUGCACGGAUUGUGGCAAGAAAUUCACCCAAUUUGCGCAUUUGGAAGACCAUUUAAAAACCCAUUCGGGCGAAAAACCCUUUGUAUGUGAAUAUUGCCAAGGGGCUUUCAAGACAAAGGCCAGGCUUCGUAAACAUGAAAAGAGUCACACCAGUAUUGCACCCACCCGAAGAACAGUCAAGUGCCCCAAGUGCGACAUCACUCUCAAAAGUAAUCGCCAGCUUGCUUCGCACCUGGCCAGUCACAUCGAAGAAAGUGAUGGUCCCUUUAUUUGCCAUCUUUGCGGCAAAGUGUUCUCCAAGUUCCCAAACCUCCAAGACCACCAAAAAAGCCACUUGGAAUUAAAAUCGUUCUUCUGUGAGUUGUGCGACAGAAACUUUGCAACUGGCACUCACUUGAGACGACAUAUGAAUUCGCAUUCAGGCUUUCGGCCAUUCAGUUGCAGCAUUUGCAACCGAGCGUUUCCAUCGUCGCAAAAUUUGAAGCGUCAUAUGAUGACUCAUACUGGGGAGAGACCUUUUGACUGCACGGACUGCGGCCGAAAAUUCCUGACACUGGAAAACCUGAACAGACAUAAACGGACUCACACAGGUGAAAAACCGUUCGCCUGUGUAAUAUGCGGCAAGGUAUUUGCACACAGCACAACCGCUAAGGAACAUUAUCGCUCAGUGCACACCAUGGAAAAACCUUAUGGAUGCAUGUUUUGCAACCAAAGUUUCUCCAUUAGUAAAAUGCUCUUUAAACACGUAAAGGUGAAACACCCGGAUUUCUUUCCUCAGUUUAAAAAAGAGCAAGGUCUGACCCCGAAUGUAAGAAAAGCAAUGGUCAAAUUCAGGAACGGUAUUAAAUGCGAAGAUAACGAUUUGAAACUUGAAUUCACCGCCAUGGACGGCUUUGCGGACCCACUCAAAAAGACCAUCAACCUAAACUCCAUUCGAACUGAAUCAAGUUUGCGUGUUAAAGAAGAACCAGUUGAAGACUUAACAUCCGAUGAAAAUAUCGAACAUGACAAUGUUGGUAACCAGCUACCGAUAGAAUGCAGCAUUGUUCCUCAAAUAAAAUCGGAAACGUUGGAAUCUGAAUGCGUCCCUACCAUUCCAUUGAACGGGGACAACCAGGAGGUUUUGGUGAAAACCGAAAAUUCUUAAAUCGCAGAUAAAUGCAUUCAACGUCUUAUCAAGUUAAAUCUAGAGUAUUUUUGAAGAGCGUUUAAUUAACGUCGAGCAUUUCGUGAGCCGUUUGUUGAAUGCGGAAAUUGUACAUGUGUAAUGAGAGUUUAAACUGUAGAGAAAUAUAAGUUAAUUAAGA